UGAGAAUGAGUACUUCUUCAUCCUGUAAAUAAGCUUAAGAUGCAGUUCUGAAUUGUUCCAUGUUGUUGACGUACCCUCAUAGAUAUCCGAUAACUGCUAUACCUUACACAGUAUGUGAAUAACCUACUGUUGACGAAAUGAUAUGAAGUGGAGUUUGAUAAAUGGGUGGCAUGGAUUUUGGAAGGGUCACUGUCUUUCAGUAGUAAAAUAGUUUUGGAAAAAACCAGCCGUCAGUAUGAUGCACAAUGUGUCCCGUGCUGUCCAUGAUCGAGUCAAUCCAGUGGUACUCAAGACUAUGCACUGUAGUUGUGAGGGAGCGCUGAAUGCCCUGGCCAUCAACAGAGACACAUCUCUUGCUGUGGUUGCAGGUCGCACUGUAUUUAAAAUAUUUGGCAUAGAAGAUGAAAAGUUUGAGGAGAAAAUGAAUCUUCGUGUUGGGCGAAAUGUCAACCUCAACUUCAGUGCAUCAGAUGUGACCUGGAACCAAAACGAAGAUAACAUAUUAGCAUCAGCCGCCACUAAUGGGUCUGUGGUUGUAUGGGACAUUAACAGGACAAGUAAAUCCAAACAGGAUUAUGUGUUUACGGACCAUAAUCGAACAGUGAAUCGGGUUCGUUUCCAUGAAAACGAAGUGAAUCUGCUGUUAAGUGGUUCACAGGAUGGAUCAAUGAAAUUGUUUGAUGUGAGGAAGAAGACAGUCACCACCACAUUUGUGUCAGGAAGCAGUGUCCGCGAUGUCCAGUUUUGUCCCAGUGCAUUUAGUUACUUUCAUUUUGCUGCUGCUGAUGAAAGUGGUAACAUUCAGAUCUGGGACAUGAGGCAACCAGACCGUGUCCAGAAACAGAUGACAGCGCAUAGUGGCCCAGUUUUUAGCAUAGACUGGCACCCAGAUGAUAGGAACUGGAUUGCCACUGCAGGCCGUGACAAAUCCAUCAAGGUGUGGGACUUACAAAGAAGCAAGCUUAUGUAUACAAUUCACACAGUCGCCUCCGUGAUGAGAAUUCGUUGGCGUCCCCAGAGGCGUUAUCAUAUUGCUAGCUCCUCCCUUCUCGUUGACUUCAGCAUCAACAUCUGGAACAUUCAGCGACCUUACAUACCCUUCGCAGCCUUUGAGGAACAUAAAGACGUCACUACAGACAUUGUCUGGAAGAAGGAAGAUCCCCACAUGUUUUACAGCUGUAGUAAGGACAGUACAUUGUACCAACAUGUGUUCAAAGAUGCCAAACGUCCAGCUGACCAUGUCACACCAUCUGGAAUCGACAUGAACCUUGAUUACACAGUAUCCCAUGCCCACGGGGAACGUACACUUUCUACAGACAAACACAGUUCUGGGAGGCUGUCGAUAUUUCAGAAGAAGCCAUCCCGUAGUGAUCAUUUCACACAGGCAUUCAGUACUUUGCACGUUCACAGCUGUGAUAAACAUAAGACCUCUUUGUCGAUGGACUGGUUUCGGGACUCUGCACGGCGUUACCUCCUGAAGGGAUUUUCAUUGGACAAACUUUGUGAACACAAUGCUCAAGUGGCUGAAAGUCAAGGUCGCUACCAGGUGGCCCAGAGUUGGAGAAUGCUGAUGGUGAUGUAUUCACAAAGCCUUUACACCGAUCCACAGUUCCGAACACUCUCCAUGGUUUCCAAUGGCAGUGAUAAGCCUGACACAGAUAAAGGCAAGACAGAUGCUCAAAAAUCUGUUCAUCAAGAUUCGGGCAAUAAUGAUGUCACUUCUGGAGGAAGUGACGAUGAUUCUGACAAAGAAAUUAUCAAAGAAAAUCUAUCUAGUAUUGCACGAGGACAACCUUCUACAGAAUGGGAUAUUCUGUUCGAUGGUGAUCAACUUACAUAUGAUUCCUUAGGAGAUUUGGACAAGGGAUUACAGGAGCUCAUCCUACCAAAUGAAGCCUUCGUACCUCGUCAUGAGAUAAAGGAACAUCCAAAUCCUCUGAACUCUUUGCCGAAUGGCCAUGAUUCUCCCACUAGUGCCAAUGAAAGUGAGAGUAAUAUGCAGAACCUGCAACACAGCUCGAGGUCAAAUGUCGACGAAGAAGUCCUGGUAACAUUCUCAAAUGACAUGAAUGUGCCAAACCUAGGAUUCUCUAAUCAUGUGGUGGACAUGUUGUACUUUUAUGCUGAACAGGGUGAUGUGCAGACUCCAGUGUGUAUGCUGCUUGUAUUAGGACAGAAAAACCGCCCUGAAAUUGACAUCGCUACUCAGGAAAACUGGUUCAUGUCCUAUAUAGACUUGCUGGGCAGGUUUAAACUGUGGACGAUAUCCAAUGACAUUAUUAAGAUGAGUUACCUCCCUCAAAUCUCCAUGAUGAACCAGCAGUCGACACGCAUCCCUUUACACUGCUCGAUGUGUAAUAAAGUCCUGUCACGUGUCGGCUGGCUUUGUGAUCGAUGCAAGAUUAUCGUCAACACCUGUGCCUUGUGCCAUCACCCAGUGAAAGGUCAAUUCCUGUGGUGCCAAGGGUGUUCUCAUGGUGGCCAUCUACAACAUAUGUCUGACUGGUUCUCCACCCGAAAAUUCUGCCCUGCUGGCUGUGGACAUAUGUGUGAAUUCACAUGAUCUUCAUGUGAAUCUUACUGUUAUGUGAUCUGUGAUUCUUGUUAUGACUUACAUGUGAUUUGAGAGUUAUUCCUGUGAAUUCUGGGAUAGUAUGAAUUACUUUGUAGCUGCCUACUUUACUGCCUAAUAUGCACAACACUUUGGUUCUAUCAAGAUAGAUUUUUCACUCUUAAAUACAGCCAUCAUUAUGCCCUAAACUUGCAAAAUACAAAGUACUGUUCUAUGGUAAAAAGGAUAUUUUGUGCUUCUCAAAAUUUAUGUUUUUCAGAGAAAAAAAUUGCAUGGGCAUCAGUACUCUUAAUUUCAUAGGUUUAUAGUGUCCUUAUGACUAGCUUAGAUAAGUUUUAAACUAAUUAAGGUUUGAGAAUAGAAAAUAUUACUGAAGAGCAGAUUAGUAACUUGAGAAUGUUGAGUACCCAAGAAACAAAUGAAAAUACGAAAACAACCAACCCUAACUCAAAGACAUUAGUCCAAUGAUUAAAAAGUUAAUUUGUUGAUACCAAGUAAGUAUACUAUUUUGUACUUUAUUAUGAAGUCUUAAUUGUUGUCUUAUUUCAUUGUUUGUCAAUAGGCAUUCACACAGUAAAAGUUUCUACAUGUGGAAUAUUACAAACAGGAAAAGGUCAACUCCAUGUAUGACUCUCAAUGUGAAUGAUAGAGAAUGGAAUGUUUGGAGUAUAUGGAGGUGACACUGUAUGUGACUCGGUGUCAAUGAUAGAGAAUGGAAUGUUUGGAGUAUAUGAAGGUGACAUGUAUGUGACACACAGUGUGAAUAAUAGAGAAUAGAAUGUUGGCAGUAUAUGGAGAUUAUACUUCAUGUGAUACAGUGUAAAUGAUACAGAACAGAAUGUUAGUAUAUGGAGGUGACACUAUAUGUGACUCGGUGUCAAUGAUAGAGAAUGGAAUGUUUGGAGUAUAUGGAGGUGACACUGUAUGUGACUCUUGGUUUGUAUGAUGGAAAAUGGUUGAUCCAAGGAUGUUCAACACCAAUUUUUGUUGAGAAUGUGGACAUUGGAAUUUUUCCACAUAGUUAAAGAAUUUUUUUGUGUUUGUAUCUGGAGAAUGUAAUUGACCUUAAGUGAUAGGGAGUGUAAAGUUUGGCUGCUCUGCUAUGGAUUGUAGAAUUUUUCUGACAUUGAUCAUAAAACUUUAAUGAUGAAAUGGAAUUUUCUAGGUGUGAGCUUGAAUUUUCCUAGAAUUUUCCAGAUGUCAGCCAGACUUUUUCAGACUGAUCAAAGUGAAUUUAAGUCUGACUCUCAAGGUUCUACUUCAUUCAAGUACCUAAGAUUUGAGUUGUUGUUAAGAACUGCAUUCAUCCAAGUCCUGAAAAAGUAGAACCUGACAUAAGAUAACCGCAGGUUCAGUGACAUAUUCAGCCUAUGGUUUUUCUUUUUCUGAUGGAUUUGUGUUGGGGACCUGUCUUAAACUCAAUGACAUGGUUUCCUAAUUCUAGGUGAAAUGAAGCAAGUCUUUGUACACUAAUAGUUCAGGAUGUGAUAUAAUAUUUAGUACAGGUGAAAAUGGUUUGUAUUUGACGUAAAGAUACAUUCCCUAUAUCCAGCACAUGUCGUCUCAUGUAUCAUGGAGUGAUUCUGUGCAACUUGGACCUUGUCGCCAAGGUUACACAAAGUGCCAAAAAGUGUAAACAAAUGAUCAUAAGAAAGGUUGUUUUAAAAGAAAACUCAAAAAUUAUGUUUUAAUUGUAUCUUGUUUUGUCAACAAACACUUUGCUUUGUGCAAUAAAUUUGAAAAUAUACUGUUUUA